AACAUCACCACACAGCAUCUUCUUCCUCUGAGAAAAACCAAGCCGCGGCUGUUAUCGAGAACUAUAAUUAUUAAAAUUUUGGUUGUCUCUCUGGCAAUGGCGUUUUCUCCUGGUACACUUGUUGUGUUUUCCUUAUUUCUUCUUCUGUUACCACUACUUUCUGUUUUUGCCCAAACUAAUGGCUCUGUACCCGUCGGGGCUUCUCUCUCUGCUUUACACCUCAAUUCCUCUUCAUCAUGGCUCUCUCCCUCUGGAGACUUUGCAUUCGGUUUUCGUCACCUUCAAAACGAUCUCUUCUUGCUUUCCAUAUGGUUCAACAAAAUUCCCGACAAAACCAUCGUUUGGCACGCAAAUGAAGGUCGGCCGGUGACAAGGGGAUCAAGAGUCAACCUCACUGCUAACGGAGGACUAAUUCUCACCGAUCCUCAAGGCCAAGAGCUAUGGCGCUCUGACCUUAUUUCUGGGGUUGUCGUCUCUGGAAAUAUGAGCGAUGACGGAAACUUUGCUCUCCAAGGCAGCAAUUCAGACAGGUUAUGGCAGAGUUUCGAGAUUCCUACUGAUACCAUGUUGCCUACACAGACGAUGGUCAGAGGGGGUGUCCUUUAUUCUCGACAGUCUGCUACCAACUACUCAAAAGGAAGGUUUCGGCUCAGUUUGGGACAAGAUGGGAAUCUUGAGCUCUACACCGUCAACUUGCCCACGGACAAUCCCAAUUCCUACUAUUAUCAAAGCGAUACUGCUGCAUCUGAUUCUAAUUCAUCUGUCAGUCCGGGCAGCCGGUUGGUGUUCAAUCAGUCAGGCGCCAUUUACGUUCUGAGAGAGAACGGUGAUAGAAAAGUUCUCAAAGAGCAGGGAGGAGGAGAAGACAACUAUUUAAGAGCCACCCUUGAUUAUGAUGGAAUUUUUACUCUGUAUUCUCACCCAAAAGCUGGGAAUUCCGGCGGCACUUGGACUACUCUUUGGUCUGUACCGGGAGAUAUUUGCCAAGAUCUUCUUGUAGAUUCGGGUCUUGGUAUUUGUGGAUACAACAGCAUUUGCACUCUCAAAGAAGAUAGGAGACCCACUUGCCAUUGUCCAACUGGAUACUCUCUGCUCGAUCCCAGCGAUAUUUAUGGGGACUGCAAACCAGAUUUCCCACAGGGCUGUGCUGAAGAUCAGCUUAGUAAUUCUAUUUCAGAGGAUCUUUAUAAGGUUGAGGUGCUAAUUAACACUGACUGGCCUUUAUCAGAUUACACCAUGUUGAAGCCUUUCACCGCAGAGAAGUGCAAUCAGACUUGCCUUCAAGAUUGCAUGUGUGCUGUUGCCAUUUUCAGAGACGGAACUUGCUGGAAGAAGAAGAUACCUCUCGCCAAUGGCAGAGUGGACACCAGUCUUAACUCUCAGGCCUUUAUCAAAGUACGCAAGGAUAAUUCCACUGAUCAUCUAGUUCCUCCGAAUAAUCCACAGAAGAAGGAGAAGGAUAAUGACAAUCUGAUCGUCAUUGGAUCAGUGCUUUUUGGCAGCUCUGUUUUUAUCAAUUUUGUAUUGCUUGCCGCUAUCUUUGUUGGAUUUUUCUUCAUUUACCGCAGGAAGCUCAAAACCACGCCACGUAAAACUGUCCAAGUGAAUUUGAGUUGCUUCACUUACAAAGAACUGGAAGAAGCCACCAAUGGGUUCGAAGAAGAACUGGGAAGGGGAGCUUUUGGAAUUGUUUACAAAGGGUUCUUACAGAUCGGCUCUGGCAUUGGUCUGGCUGUAGCAGUGAAGAAACUCAACUAUGUGGUGGAGGAUACCGAGAGGGAGUUCAAGAACGAAGUCAACAUCAUUGGUCAAACACAUCACAAGAACCUGGUCCGUUUGCUUGGAUACUGCGACGAGGGACAACAUCGGCUGCUGGUUUACGAGUACUUGAGCAAUGGAACUUUGGCAAAAUAUCUUUUUGGUGAAAUCAAGCCCGCUUGGAACCAACGAGUCGAAAUUGCUUAUGGGGUUGCAAGAGGACUCCUAUAUUUACACGAAGAAUGCAGCAGCCAGAUCAUCCACUGCGAUAUAAAGCCGCAGAACAUUCUUCUUGAUGAAAAGAACAUGGCUCGGAUAUCGGAUUUUGGAUUGUCAAAGCUUUUGAAGAUGGACCAGAGCCAUACCCACACUGCCAUUAGAGGAACAAAAGGGUAUGUGGCCCCCGAAUGGUUCAGGAACAUGCCCAUCACAGCCAAAGUGGAUGUGUAUGGCUUUGGAGUUGUACUCUUAGAAAUCAUUUGCUGUCGAAAAAGUGUAGAAUCUGAGAAUCAGAGUGGGGAAGAGAAAGGGAUAUUGACAGAUUGGGCAUAUGAUUGCUACCAAGAAGGUGCAUUAGAUAUGCUGGUGAAUUGUGAUGAGCAUAUUGAGAACAAGAAGAAGCUGAAGGCAUUUGUGAUGGUUGCUCUUUGGUGUAUUCAAGAGAACCCGAACCUUAGGCCCACCAUGAAGAAGGUUGUACAAAUGCUUGAAGGAGUUGUUGAAGUUCUUGAUCCACCAUGCCCAUUUCCAUAUUCCAUAUCCACAACCAUCCCAUCCCAAAAGAUCCAAUCUUACGAAGUGUAACUAAUUUUCCGUGCUUUAGACAAAUUUGUACCUUUUUUUUUUUUUUUUGGUUGAUUGGUAAGGAGCAAACAGCCAAGACAACUUUGUGCUUAAAGUAUGCAAUUCGGAUGCAGCUUUUCAAUAGGUGCAACUUUGUGUAUGUAAAAUAUAGCAGCAUAAAAUAUUUUUUUAAGUACUGUUGGAGGAAUUAAAGUAGUACAGUUUGUUUCUUUCUUAAUUCCAAAGUGGUUUGGCUGAGGGCUUGUGGCUGUUAAGUUAUUGGCGUAUGGCUUGUGCAACCCAGAUCUUGGCCUUGAAUAGGAGGUAAAAGGGAAAUAACUAAACAAAUAAAGCUUUUCUUUCUUUA